CGCAGCUCUUCCUGGUGAACAAACACUGACAACUACAGGGCACCCUCAGCGAUACCCGCGUCCCAGAACGGCCACACACCUUCUCCUUCACCCCCAAAACAAGCCCUAAACAUGGCUGCAGACCGUAAACACGUCGCGCAGUUGAAAGCCGAACUGUACUUCCUAAUAGCCCGAUUUUUAGAAGCUGGACCUUGUCAGGACGCGGCAGAGACCUUGAUACGGGAGGUUCAGGAGAAGGAGCUGUUACCCAAAAGGAUUGACUGGACUGGCAAAGAACACCCAGGGAGUUACGAAAAUUUGGUGAAAUUAUACAGGCACAUUUCUCCUGAUCACCUGUUGCGGGUUUGUGAGAGAGUAAGCCCACUUUUAGAGAGAGAAGUGCCAGCCAGCGUACCUGGUGUGAACUCGCUACUGGGAGCCGGACGUCAGUCAGUGCUACGUAACAACAAGAGUUGUAAGCACGUGGUAUGGAAGGGAUCCGCCCUCGCAGCCCUGCACUGUGGCAGGCCACCCGAGCCGCCAGUCAUCUAUGGAAGACCGCCCAAUAUUGUGGAGACAACAUACAGUCGGAGGCUGAAUGGCUCAUAUCGGCUGGGUCAGCUGGUCCCUACAGCUGUUUACCAACACAUGAAGAUGCACAAGAGAAUUCUGGGACACCUAUCAUCUGUGUACUGCGUAACCUUCGACCGCACUGGUCGCCGCAUCUUCACAGGUUCAGAUGACUGUUUGGUGAAGAUAUGGGCGACUGACAAUGGUCGUUUGCUGGCGACACUGCGAGGUCAUGCAGCAGAGAUUUCAGACAUGGCUGUGAAUUAUGAGAACACCCUGCUGGCAGCUGGCAGCUGUGAUAAAAUGAUCAGAGUGUGGUGCCUGCAGACCUGUGCCCCGCUAGCAGUACUGGAGGGGCACGCAGCAUCCAUCACGUCAUUACAGUUCUCUCCUCUGUGUAGUGGCAAUAAGAGGUUCCUGUCCUCCACUGGAGCUGACGGCACCAUCUGUUUCUGGCAGUGGGACGCACGCACACUCAAAUUUGGGCAGCGGCCCAGCAAAUUCAUUGAGCGACCCAGACCAGGCGUGCAGAUGAUCUGUUCCUCUUUCAGUGCAGGUGGAAUGUUUCUGGCUACGGGCAGCACUGAUCACAUCAUUAGGGUUUAUUACUUUGGAGGUGGACAACCAGAGAAGAUAUCUGAGCUGGAAUCUCACACUGAUAAAGUCGACAGCAUCCAGUUCUCCCAUAGCGGAGAUAGGUUUGUGAGUGGCAGUAGAGAUGGGACAGCGCGGAUAUGGCAGCUGCAGCAACAGGAUUGGCGGAGCAUUCUGCUGGACAUGGCCACUAAACUUCCCGGCAAGUACAACCCACCACCUUUAGAGGACAAAGUUACCAAACUCAAAGUCACUAUGGUGGCCUGGGAUUGCCAUGACAACACAGUCAUCACCGCUGCCAACAACUUGACAUUGAAAGUGUGGAACUCCUACACAGGGCACCUCAUUCAUGUAUUGAUGGGGCAUGAGGACGAGGUGUUUGUGUUGGAGCCACAUCCAUUUGAUUCCAGAGUGCUCUUUUCUGCUGGGCAUGAUGGGAAUGCCAUAGUCUGGGAUCUGGCAAGAGGAGUCAAAAUACGUUCUUAUUUUAACAUGAUUGAGGGUCAGGGUCACGGCGCAGUGUUUGACUGUAAGUGUUCACCAGACGGACAGAACUUUGCUUGCACAGACUCGCAUGGUCACCUGCUUAUCUUUGGCUUUGGGUCUAGCAGCAGAUAUGACAAGAUAGCUGAUCAGAUGUUCUUCCACACUGAUUAUCGGCCGCUGAUCCGUGACGCCCAUAACUUUGUGCUGGACGAACAGACGCAGCAGGCUCCUCACCUCAUGCCCCCGCCAUUCCUGGUGGACGUGGACGGGAACCCUCACCCUCCACGUUACCAGCGACUGGUUCCUGGCAGAGAGAACUGCAGAGAGGAGCAGCUCAUUCCACAGAUGGGCCUCACAUCAUCAGGGCUGAAUCAGGUGGUUAGUCAGCAGGCUGCAGAAGGCUCUAGUCCUCUUGAUAGUAUGAUCCAGAGACUACAGCAAGAGCAGGACCAGAGACUGGGGUCUGACACCAGAACCAAUAGAGGAUCCGUCAGUUCCCCAACAGAAGUCUCUUCUCCUCCUAACGUGGGGCUGAGGCGGAGCGGACAGAUUGAAGGUGUUCGGCAGAUGCACAGUAAUGCGCCACGCAGUGAGAUCGCCACAGAGAGAGACCUGGUGGCCUGGAGCCGAAGGGUCCUUGUACCUGAACUUUCACCAGCCAUAGCCUGUAAGCAGGAGGUGUGGCGUACAGCUAAAGGAGAGGAGGAGAUCAACAUCUACAGAUCAGAAAGGAGGAGACGCAGCAUACACAGCCAGUACCACAGAGAAAACCGGCACGCUAUAGAAAGUACAGUGGAGGAGGGGCGGCGCCACCAGGGCAACCAGCACAACUAUCAUACACGUUUGGCAGUGGAGGAGACGAGUCGGCAGAGUGAACCCAACGAGGAAGAGCACAGCGCCUCUGAGGGAGAGGCAGAUGUAAGACCUCCAGAGAGCAGAGAAUCAUCAGAUGAGGAGAGAGAGAACAAAGAACCCUGGCCUGAUGACAACAGCAGCUCCAGUGAGUACUCUAGCGAUUAUUCAGACUGGAUGGCAGAUGCUGGCAUCAACCUCGAACCACCUAAGAAGACCGUUGUGAAGAAAAAGAAGAAGAAUGCCAGCAGCUCGGAAGAAGAUGGAGAGAAGAAGAAAGAGUCCAAGAAGGAGAGGAGGAAAGAAAAGCAAGACAAGGAUGAAGCACUACCAAAGAAAAAAAAGCCAAAGGAGAAACGGAAGAGGAUACCUGAACUCCAGAGCCAGGGUUUGACAUUAGAGGAAUGGUUACCAUUGCCCUGGAUCACAGACACAAUGCCACGGAGAUGCCCCUUUACCCCACAAAUGGGUGAUGAGGUACAUUAUUUCCGUCAAGGCCAUGAAGCAUAUGUGGAGAUGGCCAAAAAGAACAGGAUCUUCAGCAUAAAUCCUAAAAAACAGCCCUGGCACAAGUUGGAGCUCCGGGAGCAGGAAUUGUUGAAGAUUGUGGGCAUUAAGUAUGAGGUUGGCUUGCCUACUCUGUGCUGUCUGAAGCUGGCCUUCCUGGACCCAGACACUGGCAAACUGACGGGUGGCUCUUUCUCUAUGAAAUACCACGACAUGCCUGAUGUCAUCGACUUCCUGGUACUUCGGCAGCAGUUCGAUAAUGCAAGACAACGGAACUGGAUGAUAGGUGAUCGUUUCCGGUCGGUGAUAGAUGACGCCUGGUGGUUUGGUACGAUUGAGAGUCAGGAGCCUUACCAAGCUGAAUAUCCAGACUCUUUGUUCCAGUGCUACAACGUCUGCUGGGAUAAUGGAGACACAGAAAAAAUGAGCCCAUGGGACAUGGAGGAGAUUCCCAAUGAAGCAGUGUUUCCUGAUGAGUUAGGCUUGAGUAUGCCUCUAACUGAAGAAGAGCAGAAGGCGUUAUUGUACAAGCCUCUAGAAGGAGAGUGGGGCUCGCGCACACGUGACGAAGAGUGUGAACGCAUCAUCAGGGGCAUCGACCAGCUUUGUACUUUGGAUGUGGCUGUACCAUUUGCGCUGCCUGUGGACUUGCAGGCAUAUCCGACGUACUGCACUGUGGUUGCUUAUGUCACAGAUCUGAGCACCAUACGGCACAGACUAGAGAACCGCUUCUAUAGGCGAAUGUCGUCAUUGAUGUGGGAGGUGCGCUACAUCGAACACAACGCUCAAACCUUCAAUGAACCAGGCGCAUUCAUUGUCACAACUGCCAAAUUUGUAUCUGACCUCAUGCUGCAAUUUAUCAAGGACCAAAGUUGUACAGAUAUUUUUCCACUAUAUAACAGUAUGAAGAAAACAGCUUUCUCAGAUUCAAGUGAUGAUGAAGAUGAGGAUGAGGAGCAUGAAGCACCUUGUACGUCUACCCGCAAUAAGAAGGGUCGGCAGCGGCAGCCCGUCCUGAGGAGUCUGCGCAGUAAACCGUCAUCAGACUCCCAGGCCUGGAAGGGGCGCUGCAAAGAGCUGCUGGAGCUCAUCUUUCAAUGUGAAGAUUCAGAGCCUUUCAGACAACCUGUUAAUCUGGAGGAGUAUCCGGACUACCUGGACAUUGUGGACACUCCUAUGGACUUUGGGACUGUCUUGAAACGCCUGUUAGCAGGAGAGUAUGACACUCCCAUGAAUCUUUGUAAAGAUGUACGACUCAUCUUCAGCAACUCCAAAGCCUACACACCUAGCAAGAAGUCCAGGAUCUAUAGCAUGAGUCUACGAUUGUCUGCUCUGUUUGAAGAGCAUAUCAGUUCGAUCCUCACCGAUUUUAAAGCUGCUCAAAGUCUGCACAGUGAGCGAUUCACUCGCCAGCGCCUGCACACGGAACGCUUGACCAGACAGUCUGUGAAGAGGAGGAGGAGCUCUUCCCAUUCAAGCACCGCCUCUAGUCCAGAAAGGAAGAGGCGGGUCUCCUCUAGUGCCCCUGCUCGAUCUGACAAUACAGCUCCACCCACUCCCGCUGGACCCUCCCGGACCCCUUUACGACACACAGUUCCACAGAUCAAUGGAAAGGCUGAGCCUCAUGUUGCCCCAGGAAGGACACGUAGCUCUGCCCGCUUGGGAACCCAACCUUCAGAUCCGUCUACUGCCCAGUCAGCUCCUCCCCCUCCCCCCACCCACAGUAAAACAGCAGAGCCCUCCUCCAGAGUUCUACGCACUCAAAACUCAUACUCAACUGGAGUCUCAUGGGAAACCGAGAGAUCUUCGGUCACCCAUAGCAAUGAGGGUGGGGCAAGAGAAUCUCGUAGGAAGCUUCGAACACCUGUUAAACUCACACCAGGUCCAGUUGAUCAUAGCCCUCCUCCUCACAACAGUGUGCAUUUGAAUGGCCAUACAAGUAAAGUGACUGUGGGAGUAGGAAGAAGAGGGCGGGGUAGACCCAGAUUAGAUGCACAAAUAAGUACGCCGGUAGUAGUGGAGUCAACCCCCUCACCCCAGCCUUCUGGCAAAAAGAGAGGGAGGAAAAGCAAGAAAGAGCUGGAGUCCCUACAAGGAAACUUCACCCAAGAGGAGGAGCUUAUUCUGUCCACUGGUGAGGAAGGCAGGGCUUCUUCUACAACCCAGGACAGUAGCCUUUCAGAUUCUGUCUUGACUCCAGAGCAUACAAGACAACGAGGUAGACCACGACAUAUCAGGACGACAGAUCAAACCCCACAUACUCCAGCUCCUUCAAGCCCCAAAACUCUAAGAAGGAGUAGUCGACGUGGCAUCGAAGAGACCACGCCACCUGCCCCCGGCCCCACCCUGAGGGAGGAGCCAGAAAUGUAUAUGGGCGAGGACGGGAGCUCUAAAGGGCCAAUGAGAACACGCAACCAAGGCCGAAGGACAGCCUUUUAUAAUGAGGAAGACUCUGAAGAAGAGCAAAGACAACUUUUGUUUGAGGAUGCUUCGAUCACUUUUGGCACGUCGAGCAAGGGGAGAGUCCGCAAGCUCACCGAAAAGGCCAAAGCCAACCUCAUUGGCUGGUAACGAUGCCAACUUUGCAUAUCCUCUGUGACAAAACGCCUUCUCCCCACUCCACUGGGUAAAAAAAACCAUUCCUGCUGCUAUAAAACUGUCAAGAUCACAAGAUUCUUUGAUUCUGACUCUCUAAAUUGAUUCUCACUUUUUGAGUCUUUGACGUUUUUGGUGACUUAAGGCAGUCACUGCCCUUAUGAGAGCCCCUACCUUAUACAUUUCUUCCACAGAAAAAUUACAAAUGCAGUUAUAUACUGAUUUUCAUAUGCACUAUUUGAAUGCUAGUGAAGAAAGUUACCUACUUAGUCUUAUACAAAUCCAAAUAUCUGAUUUCAUCUCUCAAGAAAGUACUUAUGUGAGAGUGUUUGAUGUGAUUGUGUGUGUGUGUGUGGGGGGGGGGGGGGGGGGGGGUAACUUUUGAGCUUUGUCUUGUCUCUCUUUAACUGUUAAUUUUAUGCAUUGUUUUUACACAGUUGUUGCUAAUAGCAACAAAUCAGACACGUCUUCAAAAAAUCUAUUUUUAACACAUCAUUCUGAGUGUUUGUGUCAGGGGCUUUAAAGCUAUAGUGGAAUGAAGUGAAGAGAAGGGCCAUGUGACAUUUUUUACUUCUGAUUUGUCUUUUAAUGUCUUUCUCUGCAAGUCAACAAAGAUCAGUGGUAGUGGUAAUUUGCAUGUUUUUAUAUAAUUAGCAAUACCUUGUGCCUUUUCAUACUUUCAAUACAUUAUGGCCUCUUUGUACUCACCAUGAUGUGUGUACUGUAUGUGUGUGUAUACCAUGCUUCACUGUAUUGAUUUAUUCAGUCCAAACAUUUUUCAUUGAUCUGUUGCUGGGAUAGAGAUUAGCAAGCAGUAUAUAUCUUCAUGACCACUGUGUGUGUGUGUGUGUGUGUGUGUGUGUGUGUGUGUGUGUGUGUGUGUGCGCGUGCGUGCGUUUAUUUGUUUGGAAAACUUGAGUUUAUGCAAUUUUUGAGGUGUGUAAUAAUUGUGAUUUCAUAACUCUGCACCUCAGUAUGCAGACAGCAUAUUAUUUUUGGGUUUCUCAGAAUGCACUGUGAUCCCUCUAAGAAAAGAAUCAUUAUCAUUGCAUACAAAUACAGUGGCCCAAUGAAGUGUUUGGACACUUACAAAUAUUUGUAUGUUAUUACAUAGGUAGCAAAAUAUCAAACUAUGCGGUGUUUUUAAAAAAAAUGUAAGAAACAGCACAAGCACACUUUUCAAGUAAAAUGCUUCACAAAACAUUUUAAAUGAUUUAAAAUAAAACAGUGUUUCCAUAGUCUUGGAAAACCUGGAAAUAUCUGGGAAUUUUAAACUUGUGAUUUCCAUACAUGGAAAAGUCAUGGAAAUCAAAUUCAUGGACAUUUCUGUAGUAAAUAUAGCUUUUUCUAGUUAUGCUCUGCUCUAAACUAGUUCAUUACCUACAUUUUGCUCUUGGUUAUAGCUUAUGUAGAGUAGAAAUUGCUUGCAAGCCAUUUGUGCUGGUACUUUUCAGUUAAUUGGAGGUCGUGGUUAACAAAUUGGUCUAAAUGCUUUUUAUAGCCUAUUUAGUCACUAUAUACAGUAUACAAAACUGGUGAAUAAAUAGGCAAUAAUAAGCAUAAUUUGGUAAAUACUUACAGUACAUAUAGAGCAUUGUAAUGAAGCUACAUCUGUCAUUUCAAAAUAAGAGUCCCUGAACUAUUUCGUACUUGUUUAUAGUGAAAAGUCCUGCUUUAUGCAUCGAAUCUUUCUUUCUUUGUUUUUUUCCCCUUCUUUUUAUUAAUGGGAUUUUGGUUGAACAAUAAACAGCAUUCAUUUUGUACUGUGGUAGCUUAUGUCUGUGCUUGACAUUGUAAGGAAAGACUAAGAACUUUAUCAUUCGAAAUCGAUUUUAAUAACUAUCGGCCGAUUAAUUGGUUAUCACCUUAGUUAUCGGUAUCCCGACAUGUAGUGGAAACCCUGUAUCAGGGAAUUUUAAAAUUGUGAUUUCCAGGCCUGGAAAAGUCAUGGAAAUUAAUAAAAUCUUAAAACUUCAUGUUGAUUUCUAUAAUGAAUUUAUACAUUUUCUUAUAAUGGUCAGUGCUAAAAUAUUUAAUUGGUUAGAAAUUACUCUUUUUAAGUAAUCUCUAUAAAAUUAAAAAACCUUAUCAAGUAAUCACAAACAACUGGAAAAGUAUACAAAAAAAAAAAUCACACAAAUCUCAUGGAAAUGUAAUAAAAAUGUAUUUGUCAAAAGGUGUGGAAACUCUGAGUAGAUAUACUCUUCAAAAUUUAAAUAAGCAUUUGAACACUUUCUAGCUGUCAAACGUGAACAUGUCCAUAGUUAAUGUGAUGAACUGUGGUUACAACUUGCAUCCACUAAAAUCACCUUUGGACUAACUGGUUGAAAGUUGCAGAAAUGCUUAAGAAAGCGAAGUUAUCACUUCUGUUAUUUAAUUCAAUGUAAUUCAUACUUUUUAUCUGGCGCAAGUGUCCAUAAACUUGUUUGGGUCACUGAAUGUUUGUAAAAACCACUAUUGAUAGUUAACAAUGUGUGCACGUAAUGAAGUUGAUUGCAUCGUGGUUUCAAUACUUUACCUGCAGUUUCAUCUAAGAGCUAUUUCUCUGUUUGGUAAAACCACUGAAUUACUAUGGAACUGUACAUUGCAUUAGUAGAGAGGGCUUUGUUUUUGCCUGAUCACAUAGAAACACUUGGUUAUUUCACACUCUCCAUCGGAUGCAUCGACUCGUUCAGUAGAUACCGCAGGGCAGCGAAUGACACAAGAGGCAGUGUGUAUGUCGUGUUCUGUUUUGAAUGUGCCUUGACUUUGUGUAUGUACAUGUGUGGGAGCAAAUAGAGAUUGCUGUCUGGACAUAAAACUGAAGAAUUAAUGUACACCUCUAAAGCUUAAUCACUUUUGUAAAAGGGAUGUGGCCAGACGGGAUGAUGUUCACCCUGGUUUGUUGCCAUGUAAUUUUCCUGGUUCUUAUGUAUUCUCUGCAGUUGUGGUGUGGGUCAUCCAUAGUGACAGUCUACAGAGCUAAUCCAGCCCAAAGCUUUAAAACCGGUUUGAAGAACCAAAGUCCAUUGGAUGUGGGUGUGUGUGUUUAUGUAUGAGACUGUGGGUUUGUGUGUAUGUUGCUGUUGUAUAUGCAAUUAAUGCAUGUCUGUGAGUGUGUGUGACCGUGUCUUUAUGUACAUGCCCCAUGUUUUAUUGAUCUGGUGUUUAUAAUCUUUUGCUACACAUGAAAGUUGUAUUAUAUCUGACUUUUGACCCCUUUGAUACCACCAUACUGCACAGGCAGUGACAUCUCACGGACAUUGACAGGUUUUAGAGUGGCUAUCAAUGAUGGAUGCAUGUUAGUAUAUUCUCUGAUGUUUCAAGUCUGAAGGUACAGUCAUGUUGUGGGGUCAGGGUCUUUUUCCCUCUCUGGUCUUAUAUCUUUUGACUGAGAGGUCUUUCUAGUUUGUAUACUUUUAUAUAAAGGAAAGAGUGUAAAUAAAAAACGUUAAAUAGAAUGUAUGUGUAGGGUGUACUGCUGUCACAUUAGUUCAUACGGAUAUUUUAAGGAAAUAAACAUUUGUGUUUCCACGUA